GAAAUAUUUCACUGUCAAAAUACGAGUGUCACCAAAAAUCGCAUUAGCUUUUAUUGAGUUUUGCAGAGCGCUCGUAAGUUUGAGCAAUUAAACUGAUAGAUGUUGUGAGUCAGUACGAUAGAAAGUUUCGAAGGUGUUUUUCAUCGUACUGUGUUCGGGUGGUUCACAACCAUAAAACAAUGUCCUUCAAGUUGGAGCAAUUCGCUGCCGAAUCAGCUCAGAUGGGCACCGUAGAACCGAAGGAACGGUUACGUCAACUGGCCGCCUUCAGCGAUAGUGUUGAAGUGGACGGAAAUAUCCCCAUCAAACGAUACUACCGAUCGGGACUGGAGAUGGUUCGAAUGGCCAAUGUUUACAUGCAGGAAGGAAACGCCGAUAAAGCUUACAUUCUGUAUAUGAGAUUUAUGACACUGUUUUUGGAAAAGAUUCGAAGCCAUCCGGAAAUCAAAUCCGUUCCGGCUGAUCUUAAACAGCAAAACCAAGAAAAGCUGAAGGAAGUCAUGCCUGUGGCGGAGAAACUGAAAGUGAAACUAAUGGAAAAAUACACGAGAGAGUACAAGCAGUUUCUCGAAGAGAAAGGUCACGAGGAAAAGAAACGUCGAGAGGAAAAACCAAAACCUAAAGUAUCGUCCCCUCCGAAUCAACCCGUACCCAGCGCUCCAUCAUCCAUUCUAGUUGACGCGGACAUUCUCGAUCGAGUUCUCUAUCCAAACGAUUUUCCAACCGAUCCAAACCGUUCUUCCGGUGCCGGGUUGCUACUGCCGGACACAAAACCCCCGGCCAAGCCAGCCUACGAUCGUACGCUCAAACCGUCGCCAACCUCGGUACUGGCUGGCGGCAGUCUGCGACCUGUGAUAGUUCCAACAAAUACCAUGGCCAAAUUUCUUCAACUUGCGUCGAAAAACACGCUGAGCAACGUGGAAACUUGCGGUAUCCUUGCCGGGAAACUGACUCAUAAUCAGCUGCUGGUGACUCACAUUAUCGUUCCCAAGCAGAAGGGAACAUCGGACAGUUGUACGACAAUGAACGAAGAGGAGAUCUUCAAUUUUCAGGACCAGAAGAAUCUCAUCACCCUCGGUUGGAUUCAUACUCAUCCCAGCCAGACGGCGUUUCUUUCUUCGGUAGAUUUACACACGCACUGUUCCUAUCAGAUCAUGCUGGAGGAAGCGAUCGCGAUCGUUUGCUCGCCUAAAUACGAUGAGACCGGCUUCUUCUGCCUAACACCCAGCUACGGGUUGGACUACAUCUCCCAGUGCCGGCAGUCAGGAUUUCACCCACAUCCGAAAGAUCCCCCUCUGUUUAUGGAAGCACUACACAUAACGCUUGAGGAUAAGGUUCCUAUCGAGGUGGUAGACUUGCGAUAAUUGUUGUUUAGGCAGAAAAAAAUAUGCUUACGAAAUUGCAGAAGUGUACUAGUUUAUUGUUGAUAAUAGUAUUUUCAAACAUAGCUGGAAAUACGAUCCGGCUGAUUUAUUAGACGAUAUUAAGAUUUGUUGUAUAUUUAUUAGAAAAAAAAAUCGGAAACAGUAGUGCGCAAAAAGUAGUUAGACUAUACGAAUAGUUUGUGUGAAUUGUGAUUUUUCAAAUACUUCAACCUGUGAAAAUGUUUACGUUCGGGAUGAAUGGAAGGUGGCAAAGUUUAUUUAUAUUAUAUUUACGCAAUUGCAUUUUGUUCAGCUUUUUGCUUGAUAUUCCAAAGAUCCAUAAAACAGUUUGAAGCAAGCAUUUUCUCGUUGCGCAAAGAUGCAGUUCUCUGUGAUUUGACUUCAACAGAUUAGUAUACGUGCGGGCGCUUACUAGUAGGAUGAGCUUAUCAUCUGUUAAAACUAGGUUAAAAUGUAUCAAUAAACACAUCGAUCCUCUA